GUGAGUAUGGGCAGAAAAUUGAAAGAACAGGUCCUCGCGCUCGGGGGAGACGAGGGGGACUUAGAGUUGAUCAAAAAUAUUGAGAAGGGCGGGAAGGAUGAUGCAAGUAAGGCGGCCGACCCAAACCUCACGAAGGACGUGUCCAAGUUCUUGAAGGAGCUCAAGUUAGAUGGAAAGCAACCGGGCGGGAAAGGAGAGGCCGACAAACAGUCUUCAAAGAAGAAAGAAGGCAAGAAGUUCGAACCACAGCCAAAAGAAAAGCCUGUCAAGAGCGGAAAGCCUCAGUCUCCUGAGAAGGGCGGUCCGGUAGAGGGUACGCCAAGUAAAGGAAAGCAAGCAGACGGUAAGCCAGGCAAGGGAAAGCAAAAGACGAGGGAUGGCAAGAAAGAGAGGAGGAAAUCUGACGCAGGCAAGAAGGAUCUACCAGCAAACCCCACUCCAGCGUCAGACCCCUUGCCUGCAAAGUCCACAAAAAUCGUCUUCGACGCGUCCCUGCUCCCGGAUAAAACCGCGUCUGCUUCUACUUCAAAAUCCUUGUCGACUGUCGAAAUCGAGGCCACACCCCACUGGUACACCCUUAUUCCCCCUCUACCCCCGUCCUCUACGCCCCUCCCUUUGCCCACUCCCGUCCAGCUCACCUCCUUGUCGAAGCGCGCAUCAGAUCUCUUCGCUGCCCUCCCCCCACCUCCCACCUCCGACGCAUCUUUCCUCUCCAAGAUCUUGCAAUCCGGUACCCUAUCGGACAAGCUCUCUGCGCUGACACUACUAGUACAGGGCAGCCCGGUUCACAACACGAAGGCGCUGGAGACACUGAAGGGCAUGGCGGCGAAGGGUGGGGGUAGGGACGAGAAGCUCAAGGCGUGCCGGUGCAUCGUGGACUGGUGGGUCGGCGGUGGGGGGCCUGACCGGAAGCUCAAGCACUUCCGCGACCAGCCGCUCCUCCACCCGGCGGUGACGGACACGCACCUCGUGCUGUGGCACUUCGAAGACUACCUGAAGAAGUUCUUCUUCUCCUUCCUGCAGAUCCUCGAGGCGCUCACGUUGGAUCCGCUCCCGUACCCGCGUAUGCAGGCGCUGUCGUUCAUCUACACGCUGCUGCGCGAUAAGCCGGAACAGGAGCAGAACCUGCUCAGGCUGCUCGUGAACAAGCUUGGCGACCCGACGAAACAAGUGCCCUCGCGUGCGUCGUACUACCUCCUGCAACUGCUCCAGGCGCACCCGGCAAUGAAAGGUAUCGUCGUGCGCGAGGUCGCAUCACUCAUGUUCCGCCCCGCCUCCAGCUCCUCCUCGUCCUCUCUCCAGGCCGCCGCAUCCACUUCCAACGCGCACGUCCGGUUCGCGGACAAGGAGAAAGCAGUGCCGAAGGCGGACGUGAACAUGCACGCGCUGUACUACGGCGCGAUCACGCUGAACCAGAUCGUGCUCUCGCACGCGGAGACGGACCGGGCUGUCGCAAGGCAGCUGGUGGAUGUAUACUUUAAGGUGUUUGAGGGGGUUGUGGGGCGAGGGGUGCAGGAAGAGGAGAAGGACAAGGAAGGGGAGGGUGAGGACGCGGAGGGGGAUAAGAAAGGGAAAGGGAAGUAUAAGGGGCCAGCGAAAGGGAAGGGGAAGGGAAAGAAGGGCAAAGGGGUUGAAGUGGGGUUCACCGAGGUCGAGGAUGCGAACUCGAAGCUCAUCUCGCAGGUGCUGACCGGUGUCAAUCGGGCCCUGCCGUACGCCCACCUUGGUCUCGGCGACGUAAGCUUUACCAACCAUAUCGACACCCUAUUCCGCAUCACCCACACUUCAACCUUCUCCACCUCCCUCCAAGCGCUCACCCUUCUUCUUCAAAUCACCACCACGUUCAGCACUUCUCCCCAGGCCGCCUCGCACUCCUCCCUCGCUAGCUCGAUCACGGACCGCUUUUAUCGGACACUGUACGGUACGCUCCUCGACCCCCGGCUUGCGAGCACGUCCAAACACGCGAUGUACCUUAAUCUGCUACUGAAGGCAUUGAAGCUGGAAAAGGACAGGAAGGGCAGCAAUGAGAGGGCUAAGGCAAUUGUCAGGAGACUGGUGCAGGUCUUGCUUUCGGGCGGGAUUAGCGCGAGCUCGGAGGUUGUCGUGGGAGGGUUAUGGGUGCUCGGAGAAUUGUUCAGCACCAUACCUGGGCUGAGGAGCAUGCUCAACGAGCCGCCCAAAGCGAGCUCCUCAAAAGCCGCAGGGGACGAACAGUAUGACCCACGUAAGCGCGACCCUCAAUACGCUCAUGCGUCCUCAACACCCUUGUGGGAAAUAUGCCCACUCCUCAAUCACUACCACCCGACUGUGGCCCUACACGCCAGACAGCUCGCUCAAUCCAAGCCAAUCACAUCUUCGCCUGACUUAUCACUGAACUCACUGGGUCACUUCCUAGACCGUUUCGUAUACAAGAAUCCGAAGAAGCGGAAAAGUGAGACGGAGGGCGAUGAUGCCGGAAUUGGCAAGGGUGGCAGCGUAAUGCAACCUGCCGCAGCUGAUGGUACAGGCGUAAAGAACCUAAAGGGCAAGGUUGGCGAGGACGAUGUGGUAAGAGAAGAGGGGUGGUGGAAGAGGUCUGCGGAUAGAGUCCCUGUUGAUCAGCUGUUCUUCCAUAAAUACUUUAAUGAGAAGGAUAAGAAGGAUAAACAACGGGCUGCCAAGAAAGCAAGGCGAAAGGGAGGUGAAGACGAUGAUGAGGACGACGAAGAGGAGGAAGAGCGCGAAGAAGAGGACGAGCGGAUGGAAUCUGACGAAGGAGAAGAUGAAGGCGUAGAUUUUGAUGAAGCAGGCGAUGACGAUGUUGCUGCCGACGCUGAGAGUGACGCCGACGAGGCAGAGAUUUGGAAGGCUAUGAAAGCAUCCAUGAAGAAUAUGGACGACAUGGGCGACGUGGAAUUGUUGGAAGACAGCGAGGACGACGUUCCUUCUGGCCUGGAUGACGUGGAUGAAGAGGAGGACGAAGACGACGAUGAGCAGGGAGACGAGGAAGAGGAAGGGCCCUCGGAAGGUGAUGAAUCAGCGGAAGAGGCGGGGGCCGAAUCAAAUGACGAGGCCGAUGAAGACGAUGCGUUCUCUUUGGCCGAGGCCUCUGACGCAGAGGAUCUCAUCGACCUUGAUGCAGACAUGCCCGACAGUCUCAUCCCGUACGACGGGUCUGAUGGCGAGAGUGAUGCUGAUGAGUGGGGCGGUCUCUCCGGAACCUCCAACAAGAAGCGGAAACAUAAGGAGAAGGAACCAAGCCGGCGCAAGAAGUUGAAGAGUCUGCCUACAUUUGCCAGCUACGAUGACUACAAGAAGCUGAUAGAGGAUGGGCCGGAAGACAACAUCUGAUUUGCCCUCCUUUGCUAAUCGUUCUUUGAUUACUUACAAUGGGAGCUAGUAUAAAAUUCUAUGCGCAGCGAUUACUCCUGUAAGCUAUGUCGAAGCCAUAUCCACAGACCUCAUGGCUCGCAAAGAUUCUCCCAGCACCUCGGUUUUCAUCCUCUCACUAGGAUUUGUUGCCCAGCACUGCUGUAUUACGGACCACAGAGCAUCCGAUAGUUCUCCCGCUGGACGUGGGGGCCUCAUACCAUUGAUAACUUGGGUCUCUGACCAGUCUACCCCUUGCC